AUGCUGGGUGGAUCGUCGAAUGGUGCCCGUGGGUCGGGCUCCGCACCGCCCCCCAUGGACGUCAACGAUGUGCCCCUCAACUCCGAGGCCAAGCAGGACUACACCAAGCUGCAGUCCCUUCUGAAGGCUGGGGACUUCCAGGGCGCGGACGACGAGACGCGGGCGCUGCUCAUCUCCCUGGCCGGGCCCGAGGCCAGGCACCGCAACUGGGUGUACUGGUCGGAGGUGGCGGCCAUCCCUGAGGCCGACCUGAAGACGGUAGACGCGCUGUGGAGUGCGGCCUCCGGGGGUCGUUUUGGGUUCACCGCUCAGCGCCAGGUCUGGACGCAGCACCGGCGGCGCUGGGUGGAGUUCUUCAAGGCCAUCAACUGGGUGGCGGGAGAGUACAACAUGUACAGGAAAUGGCCCCAGGAGUUCAUUUACAGCACAGAGGCCUGCAAGGGACACCUCCCGCUGACCAAUGCACUGCGUGGCACGCGGCUCAUGGAGGCUCUGUUGGAGCACCCGGCCAUUGCAGGGCUCACGAAGGAGCGGGCGGGCGAGGUGGUGGGAGGAAACGGCACCGAGGCGCGGACGCAGGGAUCCAAGCUCCCAGAUUGGCUUUCCUGA